AUGGCAGCUGCACCGCCAACAGGACAAAUGGGGGGAAACAGCAAUAAUGAGCCUCAUGCAACACUAGUAGAAGACUCAGGCAGCAGCACAACUCCUCGGGGAGGUGACCAGUGGUCACCUGUCUCCGAGGCCCUAGCACUCGGUAGAGCAGACAACAGACCCGAUGCACGCGACACCGCUUCUGCUGCUGAUGCUGCUGCAGAGGGGCCUAACGUGGCAGGUGGGGGAGGUACAGCAGUCAUCAGCUGCACUAACAGCAGCAGCAGCAGCAGCAACGGCAGCAGUAGCGUGUCUGCUGGUGAGUUUGACAUGAAGGAUUUCUCUUCCUUCUCUGCUCCUUCUGCUCCUCCUGUCCUGCCUCCAGCGUCAGCACGCGGGAGACGCAUUGCUCGCAUAUCGGGGGAGACAGCAGCGGCAAUCAGCAGUCAGCAGGUUGUUGUUGACCUUAAAAGUAUUUGCAAAGAACUCGUAGAGAACGCCCUUGAUGCAGGCGCCACGUCUAUAGAGGUGCGUUUGAUGGAUUGCGGGUUGGGGGGUGUGGAGGUCCGCGACAACGGCAGUGGCAUAUCGCCUGAAGACCUGAAGCUCCUUGGCUGUCGCCAUGCGACCUCCAAGAUAAAGACAUUUGAAGACGUUUACAGCAAAUUGGAUUCUUUGGGAUUCCGAGGAGAAGCGAUAUCCUCUCUCUGCUACGUGGCCUCCGUAUCUAUCAUCACCCGUUGCCGCGCUGCUGACUUUGCAACGCGUGUCGUCUUUAACCACAAAGGAGAACAAAUUGCACAUGAAGCAACGGCGAGAGAGGUGGGAACGACGGUGAUCGUGGAAGAUGUCUUUGGCCGUUUGCCUCUUCGGCGGCGGACGAUGGAACAGACGAAGCAGCGGCAGCUGCAAGACGCGCUGGCGCUACUGCAGAGAAUUGCUUUGCUGCAUGCGACGUCUUGUCGUUUUGUUCUCUCGAACUUCGACUCCAAAACGGGAGGCCGCACCACUUUCUUGGCUACUAAGGGGACCAGUGCGAGUUUGCUGGAGGCUGCGUUGAGUGUCUAUGGACCGAAGCAGCUGGCUACAUGCACUGAAAUAACUUUGUCAGGAGACGAACCCGGGAGGGAGUGGCGCCUGGAGGCUGUUAUCUCUCGGCCUCCCCACGGCAUUCGUUCAACGGCGCUGCAGCAGUUUUUUGUGAAGAGGAGACCCGUUGUGUUUCCGCCUCUUCUACAGAAGCUCCUCAAUAAGAAGUGGAAAGAAGUCAGCAGUAGGGGCCUUUUCCCUGUUUGUCUCGGCUUCCUGGAGCUGGAUGCCUCGCUCUUGGAUAUAAAUUUAAGGAAAGACAAACAAGAAGUUCUUCUCGCUGUAGAAAGAGAUGUGGCGCAGGCCCUCUUGGAGGCAGUAGGGAGAGUGUUGGCUCCUUCGGUCAGCUCGAUGGGGUUCGAUUCCCAGCAGAAGCAGCGGCAGCUCGAAAUUCAAUUUCACCCUCCUGCUUCGCAGCAAGCGCCAUCUCAGCAGCAGCAGCAACAGCAGGAGGGGCAGCAGCAGCAGCAGCAGCAGCAGCAACAGGAGGAGGCGGGGCAGCAGCAGCAGCAGCAGCAGGGACGGGACGAACAAGCUACCAUGCAGGAGGACGGCAGUCAGCAGCAGCUGCCCAUUGCGCAUGCUGUCUCCGUCUCCUCACAGGGUAGCGAGAACGAACAACAGCAGCAGCAGCAGCAGCCAGGAGUAACUGCAGCAGCUCUGGAUUCGAAAUCACUUGAAUCUGCAAAUAGAAAGGAAGGAUCCGAGGGGGCAGCAGCAGCAGAAACUGCUGCUGCAGUUUCUGCUGCUGCUGCAACAGAGCCAGCAGCAGCAACAGCCUCCACAAGUGCAGCAGCAUCACCAGCACCAGCACCAGUAGCACUAGCAGCAACGGCCGCAACAGCAGCAACGGCAGCCAAGCCCUCCGGCUCCCUGCCUCUGGGUGAGGGCCUGGGCAUCCGGCAGCCCCUUCUGUCGCGGCGGCAGCGCGGAGUUGCUGUAGUUGCUUCUGAACGAGGUGUGCAUACACCGCAUGCAUUGCAAGACCAUGCGCCUCUUCCUCCCUCAGCGCCCCUUUGUGGAGAGCAGCAGCAGCUGGAGAGCAGGGACAAGGCAGGGGGUGUUGCUGCUGCUCAGCUGCUGCAGCAGGAAGGGAGAAGCAGCACCAACAACACCGGCUUAGGAGACAGCCGUUCGGUAACCUCGUCGUGGAGCCCCACUGAGGCUGCUGUUUCUGCUGUCGUUGCUGCUGCGGCUUCUGCUGCUGUUGCUGCUGGUUCUGCUGCUGCUGAGGCUCCUCCUGAUACGGAUGAGGCAGAAGACGCAGUAGUAGCAGAAGUGCUGAGGGCAGCUGUAGGUGAAUGCACUUACGACUGGAGCGAGAUGUACAGUGUGGGAUCGCAUGUAGCAGCAUUGGGAUCGUCUACAGCAUUGGGGUCGUCUCCAGCCUCUGCAGCGGGGUCGUCCCCUCCAGCAGGAGAUGCAUGCGCUGACUUGAGACAUAGCGCUGAUGCUGCUGCCUCUAAUGAUGCCUCUCAGCCCUGGCCUGACGCCCCUACAGACUUCUCUGUUAGUGCGGAGGCGAGGGGAUCCUCUGGGGCCCCUGGGGGCCCCCCCUCCUUCUCUUUUGCUGCUGAAGGGGAGGAAAGAAAUAAAUCAGGUUUUUUUCUGUUUGAAAAGAACUUCUUCCGUGACCUGACGCUUGUGGGGCAGUUUAAUGAAGGCUUUAUAAUUGCUGCACUUCGCAGAAGAAGACAAAAAGCCUCAUUGCUGCUGCCUCAAUCUCAGGCGGAGGGGAGUUCUCCCUCUGCAUGCAAAAACAACAACAGCAGCAGGAACAGCAGCAGCAGCAGCAGCUUGUGCAGCAGCAGCGGGGAGGAAAUGGUGACGAGUUUGUUUAUUAUCGAUCAGCAUGCAAGCGACGAGAAGAGAAUAUUUGAAGGUUUAAACUCCCAGUUCAAGCCCCGCAUGCAGCCGCUGCUGGUGCCUCUGCGUCUCUCGUUGCCAGCACAUUUGCUAGCAGCAGUGGAGAUGUUUUCUUCUCAUCUCAGCAGCAACGGAUUUGCAUGCAUCUUUAUGGGACCCAGUAGCCCUUCGAGGCCCCUGAAGGGCACUCAACAAUUUUGCCUGCUCUCCGCUGCCUCGCAGCAGCGCCCAGCAGUAGCAGCUGCUCCUGCUGCUCCACGCACCCAGCAGCAACAGCAACAGCAGCAGCAGCAGCAGAAACAGCUGCAGCUUGUCGAUGCAGCUGAAGCCAAGUCCUCACCUGAGGUGACAGACGACAGAGCGAAUGAAACAGAAAACAAAAACAAGACCCGAAGCAAAUCCUCGGGAGGAGAAACUCCUACUACUACUCCUGCUGCUGCUGCUGCUGCUGCAUCGCCUGCUGCUGCUGAUGAUGAUGAAGAUGAAGAUGAGGAAGAAGAAGAAGGUCGCCAGUGUUUCCUUACUGGGGUGCCGGUCAUUGAAGGCCAGCAGCUGACUGCCGCCGACUUUGUUGAAUUUCUCUCUGCCUUAGCCAGCGAAGAUCAAGGAAAAGCCCUUUGGAAAGGAACUAUGCCCCCACCUGCAGCAGCAGCAGCAGCAGCAGGAGCAGCAGGAGCAGCAGCAAAGACGGAGGGAAGCUCCUGCACUCACCACCGCGUGCUGCAGUACCGACCCUCGCGUGUUUGGAAUAUCCUCGCCAGUAGGGCCUGCCGCAGCGCAGUAAUGAUAGGAGACCCUUUGUCUCUUCAGAAGCAGCAAACUAUAUUAAGGAGAAUGGCGCUGCUGCAGUUGCCUUUUAACUGUCCCCAUGGACGCCCCACCAUGAGGCACCUCGUAGAUAUACCAACUGCUGCUGCUGCUGGCGCAGCAGCAGCAGCACCAACAGCGACAUCGCAGCAGCAACGCAGCAGCAUCGUCUGCCCGGAACGCCUGCUGCCACUUCAGCAGCAGCAGCAGCAGCAGCAGCAAAUGCAACAGGAUGACCACAGACUGCAGCAAAACUGCCGCUACUAUGCAGCUGGACAUCCUAACGCAGCGCUAAGGCCGGUAGAGAGCCCAGCAAGCAGCAGCAGCAGCAAGGAAGAAGCAGAACCACAAUUUAAGCCUCAAGACCGAAAGAGAACAUCCGGGCAGCGAACUUCUCAGGAAACACAGGAAGCAUUUAAAGUGCGUGUCUGCACACCUGCAGCAGAAACACCCCCUACCUGCCUAGACACCCCAACUGCACGCAGCAAAUAUACAAGUGCUGCUGCAACUCCUGCUGCUGCUAACAGCACAGCUAGCACUGACGGUUCAGGCUCUGCUCCUCCCGUGCCUUCUCCUGAUUAUCAACACCCUCCUCUCUUCUCUGACGACGAAGGCAUGGACGACAAUGAAGCUGCUGCUGCUGCAGCAGAUGCAGCAGAAGCAGCGGAAGCAGCAGAAGCAGCAGCAGCAGCAGAUUCCGGCGACUCCCAAUAUCAACAAAAAGAGGGGCACGUGUUUGAGGUGGAAGAAAUAACACAACGCUCAGACGAAGAUAUGGGACUUGCAGGCCUGCGCCUGACCUUCAUAGGGUAG